GUUGCAUAUCUGAUUCCCCUUCAUCGCUUUGAAAGACAACAUCAUGGUCAGCAACACCCUCGCCCGUCGCCACGGUUCCGGGUUGAAUGAGCGACGGUCUCUUCUGUCACAGCAAGGCUAAUGUCUGAGCUGUGUCGUUGACUUUGUUUCUAUUGUAGUAAUAAAUACUAUAAUUUAGGAGCACCAAUGAGCGCACAGCUCGGAUGCACCCGGGGUGCGCUACAACAAGCGACACGGCUAGGUAGCUCACGACCUAGAUGCAGAAGCAGAUGUCAAGCGCAACGACCGAGCAUUGGCAGGAGCUGGCGGCCGGGGAAUCGGCCGGCCCUACUCUGCCCCGCGCAAGGGCCGGAGUCCUCAGGCCCUGCCGCCCUGGAUGGGAAGGCCCCAUCUGGGUCAGCGGGCCCAGUCGAUAGCGGGUCCAACGGCCCCGCUCCUAGCACGUCGGGAAGCGGCGACAAGGAGGCCCUGAAGGAGAGUCUGUUCCGGGAAACUGAUGCGCCAGACACGCUGCAGAUGGAGGGGCGCUUUGGGGGCGUGGAGCUUGCGAUCGCGACGUCGUUCAUUGAAAAGGUGGCGGGUGCGCUGGUGAUGUACGGCGUCACCAUGCUGCUGGCAGGCGUGUCCAACGUGGACGCCACCAAGGCGCUGACGUGGGACGACGGGGCGCCGCUGGUGCUGGGCGCCUCCUUCGCGCUGCCGGUGGCGCUGGGCAUGGCGCUCCUGUUCCUGCCCGACCCGCGACCCAGCCCGCCCAUGAGCGCCAAGGACCUCAAGGCCAUCCGCGCGGUGGACAGCGAGGACGAGGACACGGUGAUCACCCUGGGUGGCAGCGGCGGCGCGCCAUUCGACGCCGUGGCGCAGGGCGAGCGGCUGCCGCCCAUGACGCCGCAGGCGCUGACGCAGGGGCUUUGGUUCUACCAAGUCAAUGUGCUAAAGCCCUGGUACCCUCCCUUCGAGUGGGGCACGGUGGGGUUCCUGUACAUGGCCUCGUGCGCCGCCGCCAGCGCGCAGGAGCUGCUGGUGCGCGGCUACGGCGGCCAGGUGCUGGCGGGCUGGUGGACGGGGCUGCUGGCGGGCGCCACCGACCCCAGCAACCCGCUCUACUGGGCCAAGGUGUUCAAGCUGGUGGGCCCCGACACCUCCCGCUGGAUGGCGGCACUCACGCUGCUGGUGCUUCAGGUGUCGCUGACGUCUGCGUCGGCCUCCCGUGCCGCGCGCUUCACGCGCGUGUGCCUGAACCGGCUUGGGCGAGUGGAGGCGCUGCCGGGCACUCGCGGCGUGGUGGUGCAGGACGUGAGCAUCAGCCUGGAGCUGGGCGGCGGCGCGGCGAGCAAGGACAAGGCCGGCAAGGUCACGCCGGAGCCCAAGUUGGACCAGCUGCGCACCGUCUACUUCGAGCUGCCCACGGCGGAGGAGCGGGUGGUGUACUGGACUAGCCUGGGCGUGGCGGCGGCGCUGUGCGGCACAGCCAACCUGGCGUACGCGGUCAACGGCAGCCUGCUGGCCUCCUACACGGCACAGGUGACCAUCGACGGCCUGGUGACGGCGCUGCAGCAAUGGAAGGCGACGCGGCUGCCGGACCGGCAGGGCUGGGAGGAGCUGCAAGAAGAGGAGGAUGCCAAGAUCGCGCAGCUGGAGGAGAGCUUGGGCGCGGCGGCCGACAAGCCACAGAGCGCGGAGGAGACGGGGAAAGGUCCAGAGGCAAAGGAGAAGGAUUAAGAGGAGGCAGCGCAAAAGGCUUAGGGGCGGAGGGGACAGGAAAGUAAGGGUAGGCACGGGGGCGGCAUGGAGUGUAGUGUGAGGGGUCACGUGCCCGAGCCCAGUGGGGUGGCGCCUUGCAGCGCGCACGGGCGAAAACGGUUUACGGUGGGAGCAAUGGGAGCAGUGAACGGUGGGGGCAGUGGAUGCAGGUGAGCGCCCUGCACACGAUCCGCAGGGGCCGCUGCCAUUGAUGCUUGGCUGUUGUGGCUAUUGAUAAGUACAUUCAAGCGAACGCAGCCCUGACCAACUCACAUGAAGUACCGUAGCUUCCUGUCACGAAGGUCCAUCCAAGUCACGGCUUAAAAGUUGUGUCCGGUGUGUGUGUAGGCGGGCCGUACACCAUGCUGAGGAUGUUGCGUUGGCUUGCGUAUCCAUGGUCAUUGGAGGGCGAACUGCAAAGAUGCGGAGCUGCGCAUUUGCGCAGCGAAGGGGCCUGGCGUUGUUGUCCGGGGCUAAUGGCGCGCACCGAGGCCCUCCGAGGCUUGUUUGUCAGUUGACACAGAAGGAGUGUGCAAUGGGAGGCUAAAAGAGUAAAAGCUGGUAUGCGGACUCUCGGCCGUACCCUGCCCAACACCUACCCAACAUGUCACACUGCCGUCAUCACGGCCACCAUCCUGCAUGCGUGAACACCCUUUCCUAA